AUGAUGCACGUUUUAGGUACUUUGGAUGAGGAAAUGUGUCAACUGUCACCAUCUUUAGAGCAAAAAGUGAAACUUGUUAACACAGGGAGGAGGAUCAAUAAUACUAAUAAUACUAAUUUUAAUAAUAAUACUAAUAAUAAUAAUAAUGAUAACAAUAAAACAAACGAUACUAAUAAUACCAAUAUCAAUAACUUCAAAAUCAAAGAUCAUAAUAAAGAAACGGUAAAAAAGAAUUCCGAAGGUGGUGUACGAUCAACGGUGUCAUCAAUUAGUAAUAGCAGUGAGCAGGAAGUUUAUACGCCGGAAGACUAUGGGCACCCGCAAAAUGAGGAUAUAUUCAUGGUUAUACCUCGGGGAAGCCAGGAGUGUCUAUCGGAGAAAGAACCAGACUCACUUUUAAUUGAGAAAGCGAGGAGCUCGGUUUGGGACGAUAGUGUAGUUUUAGAUCCGGCUGUUUCUCUUUCUGCUGCGUCCCAUUCUUGUUCUUCUGGGGAAUCCUCUCUUAGUGUUGCUAAAGAGGACGAAGCAGAGGGCGCUGGUAGCGGUAGUGCUGGACCCGGCGCUUGUCAAAUUGUGGCUAAAGGGAGAUUUUCCUUCAGUGCCAACUCUCGCUUAAGAUCGCCAGCAUCUUCUGGUCAAAGCGAAUCACCGCCUUCAGCUAGCCUGCAUAUGCUUUCUGCAACAGGACCAGCGAUGAAAACCAUGGUCCAUAGCAUGGGUGUGUUCUCAAAAACUACGCCUGAAUUGACGACAACGUCUAAACUUCUGACUCCAUCUCAGAGAUUUCGGCUUCGUCGCGAACAGAAUAAAGCUGCUGUGCAGGAUUCUGUUAAGAAUCGAGAACUCUUUUAUGAUGAGCAGGAGCGCGCAGUAGGAAGUAGAUCUGCAAAUCCUACUGUGUCAAGUUAUGAAACAGCUACCAAUGAUGUCUUGGAUGAUGAGAUUGCCGAUUACCUUGGCUGGGAUGUCCCAGUUGCAUUGCCAUCUAUCAACCCCUAUCUUGCUUCGUUGAAUUCCUCUCACAAGGGUUCCAAAACUGGUGGUAGACCAACCCUCGAGAAGUCCAGGAGUCUGAACUUUAUUGAGACAGAUAUGUUGCCGCCUUGUCCAAUCCCAGGAAUCCAGGCCUCUUCUGAUUCUCAAUUUUUUGCGAACACUUCUAGAGUACUUUCCAAUGUUUUAAUGGAUUCUUCUAGGAAGUUGUCCCAGUCGAGGUUGCGGGAAAGGAACGUUUCAGCAGAAGUUCUUCCACUGGAGUUUAAAUCUGCGAGCGAUGUAGGUAUGGAGGAUAUGAAGCUAGUUUCCGCAGACAAGGUUGCAAUGUGCACUCCUGGCAGGCCUACCUGGCUACCACCAAAACGCUCGGAGGAGCGGGAGAAACAUGAGAAACAAAUUCGCAAGACAAUGAGUAUUGCGUCAUUAAAGCAAAUAACGAGAAACAGAGUACGUGACGAAAGGGAGGUAAAGGAUGCAAAAAAUAAGGAUAAGGUUACUAGUUUGUUAGAAAGAGGACUAACGAGGAAGUCCUCGUUAAAAGAUUUAAAAAAAUUAUGCUGGGAAACCAGUUUAUCAAAUGAAACUCGGCUUGAGAUAUAUCGGCUAAUACUUCAAAGUGAAAAAGAAAAAUUAAUUGAAAAGAACUACAUGGAUGAUCUCACCAAAUUUCAUACCAUUUUCUGUACUAUAGAAUACCCUCAUGGGAAAUUGCAAGAGAUUAGAACCAUACUUUCACAACUGCCAUGUGCUUUAUAUUCAGAGCCGCCAGAGGAACUUGUGUAUUUGAUGCAGUUGAAAGCUAUCUCUAGUCAAGGCUUAUUAAUGGGAGACGAAUUGCUAUUUUACCAUUUUUACCAAACGGGUUCUUUCACAAUCUCCGAGAUUUGGACCCUAGUAAAUCUACUUCAACUGACAUGUUUUAACGAAAUAACUAAGGAGAAGUUUGAGCAACAAAUUUUAAACCCGCGCGGUGUUGUCGCGCAGUAUUUGGCCAAUGACCCAGCUUUCGCGAACGAGUUCAAUUCAGAAUGCUUAAGCUUCGCUUGUUGGUGGAAUAUCAUGGCAAGGCUAGAUCAUGAUCUAUUUAUGUGGUGCAUUGACAUCAUUGUUGCAGAAAACUCUCAAGCAUUCAAAAGCAAUCCAAUUUCUGCUGAUAUGCUUGAAAAUACGGACUGGGAAACAUACCGGGCAGCCUAUGUUGUGGUGAACCACAGUAUAUUGUCUUCAUUGGCACUAAACGUGUUAUUAAACUACCAUUUCGGGUUUAAUGAUUUCCAACAGUUACCCCAAGUUGAGAAAUCUUUUAAAAUCAUUGGUCCCGAAGUGAAUGGUACCGAUGAGACUCAUCAUGCCUUUAUAAAAAAAUGGCAUCAUUAUUAUAAAAAGUUUUAG